AACCCCACCCCCAAUUUGAUAAACAAUAACAACUGAAGCUACUGAACUAAAGAGUAAAGAGUAAUGGAUGUGUUCAAGAGAUUGGCUACUUGGCUUGGCAUUACUAAUAAAAAAGCAACUGUCUUAUGUGUUGGACUGGAUAAUAGUGGAAAAACAACAGUGAUCAAUCAUUUUAAGCCACCACAGACUAAAUCUGAAGAGGUUGUUCCAACCAUUGGCUACAGUGUAGAGAAAUUUUUAAUAUCAAGGAUAUCAUUUACUGUAUUUGACAUGUCUGGACAAGGAAGGUAUAGAAACCUAUGGGAGCAGUAUUACCCUGAGACUGAGGCUGUCAUAUUUGUCAUUGAUAGCAGUGAGAGGCUGAGGCUAGAAGUAGCCAGAGAAGAACUGCAUGCACUUCUUGAGCAUCCAGUUAUAAAGCAAAAAAGAAUCCCAAUCUGCUGCUUAGCUAACAAGAAAGACCUUAAAGAUGCACUCUCAGAUGUAGAGAUUGCAGAUAAGAUGGAAUUGGCAGAAAUUGCUGAUGAUAAACCAUACAAUAUAUUUGCUACAAAUGCAAGAACUGGUGAAGGACUAGACAUGGCAAUGGAUUGGUUAUCAGAACAAAUCAUGACUAUAAAAUAAUUAAAAAUCAUUAUUAUUAUUAUAAAUUAAAUUUUUUGUUGUUUUUGUGAAUGUCUAUAAAUCCAAUUUUGUUUCCAUAAAAUAUAAUUUGUAAAAAA